UGCAAAAGUGUUGAAAAUAUGAUUUUGUGCAAAAUUUAUUGGGUUUUGGUGCUUUUUAGUGCAAAUGCUGUUUAUGCAUAUUUCAAUAAGCUAGUGCAGAGUUGGACUGAACCAAUGGUAUUUAAAUACCCAUAUGCAAGUUUGGAUUAUUUGCCAAAAACUGGGCAAAAAGCUCAAAUAAAAGGUUGGAAAAAAAUUUCUGAUUUUAAAUUGCCUGAAAAUGUUAAAGCUUUUUGCCCUGAAGAAGGCAAAGACAAAACUUUAUGCACUUUACAUGAUACUAAUGAAAGAAUUGUUGGAUUUUUAAUAUCGAUACAGGCAACAGAUAAUUUGUAUGUCAACUUGAAUCAAUUUUACAACAAUCCUUGGUUCAAAAAUCAAAAAAUAAAUAAUAAAACUUAUUAUUCCUUGGAGAUAUAUGUUGCUAAUGAAGAUCAUAUUAAAGAUCCUGGAAGAGGAAUGCCAGUUGAUUCCAUUGGAGACAGUUUUAGAUGCAAAAGUGUUGAAAAUAUGAUUUUGUGCAAAAUUUAUUGGGUUUUGGUGCUUUUUAGUGCAAAUGCUGUUUAUGCAUAUUUCAAUAAGCUAGUGCAGAGUUGGACUGAACCAAUGGUAUUUAAAUACCCAUAUGCAAGUUUGGAUUAUUUGCCAAAAACUGGGCAAAAAGCUCAAAUAAAAGGUUGGAAAAAAAUUUCUGAUUUUAAAUUGCCUGAAAAUGUUAAAGCUUUUUGCCCUGAAGAAGGCAAAGACAAAACUUUAUGCACUUUACAUGAUACUAAUGAAAGAAUUGUUGGAUUUUUAAUAUCGAUACAGGCAACAGAUAAUUUGUAUGUCAACUUGAAUCAAUUUUACAACAAUCCUUGGUUCAAAAAUCAAAAAAUAAAUAAUAAAACUUAUUAUUCCUUGGAGAUAUAUGUUGCUAAUGAAGAUCAUAUUAAAGAUCCUGGAAGAGGAAUGCCAGUUGAUUCCAUUGGAGACAGUUUUAGAGUAAUAAAUCAAAAAAAUUCUAAAGAAAAUUUAGAUGUUCCAACUUCUGAGGAAAAAUUAGGAGGAAAUGGAUGGUUUAAGCAAAAUUGUGAGACCAGAAAAGGAACUCAUUAUUUAUAUAACAAAACCGAUUAUUGCAAUAUUGCCCAAAAUAUGCCAAUAGUACUUUUGGUGAAAAAUAAAGAACUUGUAGGAUUUAGUUUUAUGAUUCCAGGAGUUUUUGAAAAAGAAAUACCAAAACCAGAAUUUUUGGAAAAAAUCGAACAUAAACGAUUCAAAAAAUUGUUCCCAGAUGCUCCAAAAUGUUUAAAAAAAUGGGCAAAUAAUUAUAAAAUGUCAACAUUAACAAUAACUUUUGCCCCUCAAAAAAAUAUAAGAAAAUGUGAAAAUAAAGAUUAUAAAAAACCACCAGGAGCUUGGAAUUGGAUUAAAAAUAAACUUACUCCUUAUAUCCACUUAGUAUACACAACUGCAAUAAUUGGAGUUACAAUGAUUUUUAAUUCAUUUUUCUUGUAUGGAUUGUCUAAGUCAAAAGCUAGAAAAACCUACCAAGAAAAAGAGUAUGCAACUUCUUUGAUGUACAUUUUUGUUUUAAUAACAGAAGGUGUUAUUACAAUUUUUUGCAUGCUAGUUGUGAAAUCAACAUCUAUUGCUGUACAUGAAAAAAAUUUGAAAAAAUUAGAAGCUGAAUUAUAUGUUAGUGGAAAAUGA